AUGAAGCCACCACUAUUUCACGGGGGAGUGGACCCGUUGAAGGUAGAAGCCUGGGUCCUUGGUAUUAAAAAAUUGUUUGAAGUGUUUCCAUGCCUUGAAGCACAGAAAGUACAGUUGGCCACCUUUACACUAGAAGAUGAAGCAAGAAGGUGGUGGAUGUUGAUUCGUGAUGACAAUAAGGGCAUAGACUGGACAUGGUUCCUUGAAAUCUUUUUUGAUAAAUACUUUCCUCAAUGCACUCGUGAUAGAAAAGUAUCUGAAUUUGAGUGGCUUAAACAAGGUAGUAUAACUGUGGUAGAAUAUGAGGCAAAGUUUACAGAGUUGGCCAGAUUCGCAUUGCAUAUGGUUAACACCGACUAUAACAAGGCAAGAAAAUUUGAGAGCGGUCUCCGCAAUGAUAUUCAAGAGAGAGUGAAUGUUCUAAAACUGCCUACUUAUGUUGAUCUGUUAGACCGGGCUUUAAUGUCAAAAACUAAUAUGGCCAAUUAG